AUGGAUGAAGAUUUAAACUAUAAACUCGAUUGGACAUUUGAUCGUUUUCAAAAAACAAUGACUUUUACAGUCCGUGUCAAAACGACAGGAUGGGUAGGAUUUGGAAUAUCUCCUUACACUGGUAAAAUGCCAGGAUCUGAUGUUGUAAUCGGAUGGGUAGAUAGCAGUGGUAAAGCUUAUCUUCAGGAUCGAUAUGCAAUAGGCCGUACAUUGCCAGAGUUAGAUUCAACUCAAGAUUAUAAGCUCAUAUCAGGUUCUGAAAGUAAUGGCAUAACGACCCUAAAAUUUUGGAGAAAAUUUGAUACAGGAGACUCUAAAGAUUUAAAACUAGAUACCGGAACGACCAGAUUGAUUUGGGCCUAUAAUGAUAAUGAUCCUAUAUCGACCACUAACAUUCCAAUGCACAAUAAAAUGGGUACUCGUAGUGUAAAUCUGUUUGAGAGGAUGUCGGAAAAACAUAAGCCUGUACUGCCAUCGGAUUAUCGAACACAUGAAUUUAGAGCACCAAACGUAAGCAUACCUAGAACUCAUACUACUUAUUGGUGUGUUGGAUUAAGAAUGCCUGAACUAGCGGAAAAAAAUCAUGUCAUUAGGAUUGAUCCUAUCGUAACGGAAGGUAAUGAAGGCGUAGUCCAUCACAUGGUACUCUAUGAAUGUGAUUCGGACCCUAAAUGGCAUGGUUAUAGUUCAGACUGUUCGAGUAGAAAUAUGCCAAUUCACUUAACUGGGUGUCGUGCUGGUGCUGUUAUAGCAAGUUGGGCCGUUGGUGGUGAGUCCAAUAUUUUUCCAGCUCAUACAGGAUUGGCUAUCGGGGGUAAAAAUAGUCCUAAAUUUACAGUUGUUGAGAUGCACUAUGAUAAUCCCCAAGGUAGAUCAGAUUUUAUCGAUACUUCCGGCUUCAAAAUAUUUUAUACUCGACAAUUACGUAAAUACGAUGUAGGAGCUUUAACUUUGGGCUAUGGGGUUAUACCAACGAUGACGAUCCCGGAAAGACAAGACGAAUGGAAUAUCACCGGUUAUUGUCCUCAAAUGUGCACUGAACGGGCCUUACCUAAGUCAGGUAUCAACGUCUUUGGUGUAUUCUUUCAUACUCAUUUAGCAGGUAAGGGCUUAUAUACAAGACACUUUAGAAAUGGCAAAGAAUUGCCAUUACUCGCUCAAAAUAAGCAUUAUGACUUUAACUAUCAGGAGAUUUUAUAUUUGAGAAAUGAAGUCAAAAUAUUUCCGGGAGAUUCAUUUGCUGUAACUUGCAGCUACAAGACCACUAAUCGUAAUACUACUACAAUUGGAGGCGAAGCAACUAGUGAUGAAAUGUGUCUUACUAACCUAUUUUACUAUCCUAAGUUGCCGUUUUCAGUAUGUGUUACAUAUACAUCGCCAGCUAAUCUUGCCCCAUUCUAUGGUAAAUUAAUGGCACAAGGUAAAAUGCCUAUACCCGCUUCAAAUAGCACCAAAGAUUUUGCAGCUGCAGUUAGAAAAACUGCGAUAAGGGAUAAAACAUUGCUUAAGGAACUUGGGUACCUACAAACAUAUCGUGCUCCAGAAAUGUUUUGUGCAGGUCAUAACCUUUCGAUCAUCAUGGAUCACUAUGGCCAAAAAAUUCCUAAUUUCUUACCAUCGGUGAAUUAUACAGGAUCGGCUAUAAAUGCUGCUAUUACAGCAACUUCAGUCAAUCUGAUUUCAUUGAUUAUUUAUGCAGUUUUGGCAGCAGCGCUAGUACUUUAG